AUGGCUACAAACAAUAUCUAUCAGUAUUCCAUUCUCAGUGCUCUGUUGGACGGCAUCUGUCAAACAGGUACUGCACUGAAAGAUGCCCUUGCACAAGGCGAUCAUGGCCUCGGCACUGUACCUGGCUUGAAUGGAGAGGUGGUGAUAGUCGACGGCAAAGCCUACCACUUUCCUCCGGGCGAGCAGCUUCGAAGAGUCGAAGUGUCCGACGCUCUUCCUUUUGUCAUGAUCACUCGGUUCCAGCCAACCUUCCAAAAGGCCUUGUCUUCACUUAGCUUGACUUCGCUACCCGAGGCAUUGAACCCCUUGCUGCCCUCUCAGCAGAACUGCUUCCUAUCAAUUCGCCUCGAUGGUGUCUUCAGUCAGCUCACUUUCCGGGUGAUAGCAGGACAAUGUAGGCCCCGAGAGCCCCUUUCGGAGCUGGCCAAACGACAGGAAAUAGUGAGCCUUGAGAAUAUUGAGGGCACACUAGUUGGGUUUUGGUCUCCAGCUUUCAGUGGGGGCUUCAGUGUCGCGGGCUUUCACUUGCAUUUUUUGUCAAAGGAUGAAACUAGAGGGGGGCAUGUGACCGGGUUCACUGGGGAUGUCAGCCUCCAAGCGGCUGUUAUUGACAAGUAUACAGUUGAGCUGCCUCACAACGAAGAAUUCAACCAGGAUGUCAUUCAGGGUGCAAGAGAAGCUGAGCUUCAUGCUGCAGAGGGAGGUUAG